AGAAGAAAGCAUUAGCUGAAGCACUAAGCUGCCACCACUGGUGACUAUAAGUGAAACACAAGUCACUCCACACAGCUUCACACACAAAGAGAGCCGGGGGUGAGAUUGCUUCCCACUCGCCUUCUGACAUCAGACCCUUUCGAUGUAGCUCACCGGACAACGAGCAAAAUCCUUGGCAAGAAAAUGAAUCUCUUUCUCCCAUCACCUGCUGUCUUUCACUUCACGCCCCCAGAGAGGUCUUUCUUCAUUCGACAAACAGUGAAGAUUUUUUUUCCAGUCACAUGAUCCAGGAUGAAGGGGGAAAAUCCUACUUGGAACAGACAUGGCCUGUGAGUCUCAACAGAUCAAGGGCGAUAAGGUGUGAGGUGGAGGGGGGUGGUAUAUAAAGAAUGUCUUCUGUACCACGGCAAACGUCCCUCCACCAACUGAAUGCUUCUCUUGGGGCAGCCAUGAAUGUGUCUGAAGGCACAGUCACAAGCCACCUCAGGGCCACUAGCCGGACUUAUUUUUAUUUCACCACAGCUACCCUGGUUCUGUGCCUCAUCUUUACUCUGGCGACUAUAAUGGUCUUAGUAGUUCAGAAGAAGGAACCCAUCCCACAGCCACCUGACAAGUUCCCCCUUAUAGGAGGAAAUUGCUCAUUGGACAUCUUAAGUAUCCUGAAGAAGCCUCCAGGGACUGAGUCAUCAGCAUAUCUACAAGUUUCUAAGCCAAUACGCAGUUCCAAACUGACCUGGAACAAAGAUGGCACCCUCAAUGGCAUUGGAUAUCAUGAUGGAAAUCUUAUCAUCCAAUCUCCAGGCUGGUACAUCAUCUAUUGCCAGUUGCAAUUUGUUGUGCCAAAUUGCCCAGACAAUCCUAUUGACCUGAAGUUGGAACUUCUCAUCAAUAACAAAGCAAAGAAGCAAACUCUGGUUACUGCAUGUGAAUCAAAAACAGGAACAAAGAACAUCUAUAGGAACCUCUCCCAGUUCUUUCUGGAGAAUCUGAAUGUCAACAAUACUGUGUCCAUCAAGGUCAAAGAAUUCCAAUAUGUGGAUACAAAUACCUUUCCUCUUGAAAGCGUGUUGGCAGCCUUCAAGUAUAGCAAUUCUAACUGAGCAACCUCAUUUGGCCCUUGGAGAGAAACCCUACACCAAUACCACACAUCAUAUAUAGCUUUUCAUAGACUAAUGUGGAAAAAAGAAGCCUUUUCACUGGAGACCUUUGUCAUUAGAUUAAAAUCCCAAACAGUGAGAAACAUAUGCCUCUCCCACUUUCAUUCAUUACUCGUUCUUUGAUAACAAGAGUGGCUUUUGGUGGAACUGUCAUUCAGGAGACAAAAGGAAUUUCAGUCACACAGCAGCACACUCCCCAAGAAUCCACACCUAAAAUUCCAAAUAAGUGAAAGAUUGAUCAAGAAAGAAAGACUGGGCUACCUCUACCUACAUUCUGACUUGGUAAUAAUGCCCAGAAUAUUACAGUAAAUGGCUGGACUGGGCAGGGAAUCACAAGGUCUGAAACACACAUUAGGGAGAACUCCCUACAUCAAGCCACUCCAGUGCUAAGAUAGAACUAUGGGGGAAUGUGUUUAAAAACAAGAGAUUAUUCAAAGCAAGACUAAUUAGAUGGGAUGCUUAGCAAACUAUUAACUAAGGCCUAUUUUAUUCCAAUUAAGAACAACCCAUAUCAAGCACAUGCAAGCAUUAGCCUCCUGCUGCCUCAAAACAUGCAGUGCCAUACAUUCAAUGAAUGUUAGCUGGUGAUAAUGACUAUAUCGCAUGAUAGUGAUAAAGGUAGCAAAUGGCUUCUGUUAAAGAUGCCUGGAGUCUUUCUUUUUGAAUGGAAGAGAAAUAACUGUAUAUAUGGCUUGGACCCUGACCUCCCUUAGUAUCUAUGUUGAUCCCAAUUUUUGCAAGUGCUUCCCACGAAAAUAAUUAGAUGAGAGGCUAGGUAACUAUGUUGGAAAGGGCAGAGGGGGAACGUUAAUUCUUGGCAAGACUAAUGGUCCAUUGUUGUGAUCCUGAAGAUAAUAGAAGAAAAUGUCCUAAAUGACUACAAUAAACUUCACCGGUGGGGCAAGAGAGGUUGCAAAAAACAAAUGCCUCAGUGCAACAACUCUACCUGUAGCCAUCUAGACAUCUGGGCAAAAGUACAUGCUUAAACAGAUAACCCAAGGGGAAGUGGCUUCAUGCAGUAGCUAUAUUCCUGCCUUGUUGUACACAAAUUAAAGUCUGGUAAAUCAAAA